GGGUACAUUCUGUUGGGCCAAAUUGUGGAUCACACUGAUUCCCUGUUAGAAGAGUGGUUUCCGGGACUUCUGGAAACGGAUAUAAAUGGUGAUGGUGGGAGUCUAUUGAAGAAAUAUGCCAUGUACAGUUUUGAAAAUGGUCAAGAAUGCCAGCAGAUCCUAUUGGAUGACUUACUAGAUGUUGCAGCAAAAGAUGAUUUUUUGACUUGUCCAUGUGAUAGAAGCCAGAAAAUUUCAAUUUCUCAAAUUGCCCCAGAUCUUGUGCUAGUUGAUUUACCCCAGAAUAUUAUACUGGAUGUUAACCAACUUGAACUUGAACAGUCAUCUGAUUUUCUGUUGGGUGAUGGAGGAUUUGGAUCUGUGUAUCAUGCAACUUACAGACACAAAGAAGUGGCUGUUAAAAUAUUUAACAAGCACGUUUCACAGAUGUUUCUACAUCGUCUUUUGAGACAAGAACUUGCAGUUCUUUCUCAGUUGCUUCAUCCAAGUCUAAUUUUAUUACUUGCGGCUACCUUUCGGCCUCGGAUGUUGGUAUUGGAAUUGGCACCCAAAGGGUCCCUAGAUCUCUGUCUUAACCAUGAGAAAGAACAACUUAAUCAAAAACUUCAACAUCGGAUAGCUCUACAAGUGGCUGAUGGUUUAAGAUACCUACAUUCAUCGAAGAUAAUAUAUCGAGACUUGAAGCCUCAUAACGUGCUACUGUUCAGCUUGAAUCCGAAUUCUGCUGUAAUUGCCAAAAUUGCUGAUUACGGUAUUGCUCAAUAUUGCUGUAGAAUGGGAAUUAAGAACUCUGAGGGGACACCAGGAUUUCGAGCACCAGAAGUUGCAAAAGGAAAUGUCAUCUACAAUCACCAAGCGGAUAUAUAUUCCUUUGGAUUACUUUUAUAUGACAUAAUUACGAAUGGUAAAAGAAUCUCUGAUGGAAUGAAGUUUCCGAACGACUUUGAUGAGAUGGCAGUUCAGGGGAGAUUGCCAGAUCCAGUCAAAGAAUUAAACUGUUCACCAUGGCCUGGUAUACAGAACUUAAUUGAACAUUGUCUGAAGCAAAAUGCUGAGGACAGACCUACAUCUUCUCAGGUAUAUGAGAGACUGAACUCUGUGCAACUGUUGUGUUUGAAGAGAAUAAUGGCCGUACCCAGUAAUCUUACAGCAGAGUGCAUGGUAGCCACAAACACAAUUUGCAAAAAGCCUAACGUCUGGAUUGGUAGUGGAAAAAGAGAUAAAGCACAACUUUCCUCUCUGGAGCUGGAUACUGAAGGCCAGACUGUUAUGGUAUGUGUAAUAGUGAAAAUCACAUGUUUCACACACGUUUCCAUCUCCGAAUAUUGUUUCUGAAAAUGCUUAAUGUUU